GUCAGAUGACCACAACUGCAAACGUUCCCAGCUCCUCUCUUCUCUUCUCUUCUGCUCCACUACAUACCAGGUUCUCUGUUUCGCUGGUACAUAGCUAUAUACAAGGAGCUGCUCUGCUUCAGUACAUACGAGGCGCUCUGCCAGAUCGUCUGCUGGCCAUGGUGGCCAUCACGGUGCCCAUCUCGGUGGACGCGAUCCCUCUGGUGAAAUGCGCACAUGCAGCGGCCGCGACGGUGCCGAGCGUCGACCUGUCGGCGCCGGGCGCGGCGGCGGCCGUCGCGGACGCGUGCCGCGGCGUGGGCUUCUUCAGGGCGACCAUCCACGGCGUGCCGGCCACCCUCACGGACACUCUGGAGGCCCGCGCCGCGGCCUUCUUCACGCUGCCGCACAAGGACAAGCUGGAGGCGUCGGCGCGGCCCUUGGGCUACGGCAGCAAGAGCAUCGGCUGCAACGGCGACGUGGGCUGGCUCGAGUACAUCCUGCUCUCCGUCGGGUCCGGCUCGGUCGCGGCGGCCUCCCUGCCGCCGUCGCUCCGGGCGGCGCUCGAGGAGUACACGGACGCGGUGCGGGAGGUGGGCGCGCGGGUGCUGGAGCUCAUGGCGGAUGGGCUCGGCAUCGCGGUGGACCACCGCGGCGUGCUGCGGCGGAUGGUGGCGUCGGACGAAGCCGACGAGAUGGUGCGCGUGAACCACUACCCGCCGUGCCCCUGCCCCCUAGCAGCAGGGCAGCGCGGCGUGAUGGGGUUCGGGGAGCACACGGACCCGCAGAUCAUCUCCGUGCUCCGGUCCAACCGCACCGGGGGCCUCCAGAUCAUGCUGCCGGACGGCCGCUGGGUCCCCGUGGCCCCCGACCCCGAUUCCCUCUUCGUCACUGUCGGGGACUCCCUCCAGGUGCUGACGAACGGGCGGUUCCAGAGCGUGAAGCACCGGGUGGUGGCGCCGGCGGAGGGGCAGCAGUCGCAGCUGGUGCCGGUGAAGACGGAGUCAGGGCUGGCGCCCGUGAAGACGGAGCCGGGGCUGGCGCCGGUGAACGCGGAGUUCGACGACGACGACGCGGCCCUCGAAUGGGCGCGCCAGGACUCCAUCGCGUUGGAGAAGGCGCGCCGGGAGAAGGAGAAGGAGCACCAGUGUGCCGCCCUACGCCGCUUCGAGGAGCGCCGACGCGGCCGCGAGGAAGGCGGGGUCGUCGUCUUAUGCGACAGCGACGACGAUGACGACGUGCCGCCGCCUGUUCGCCAAGGCGACGCCGAGCAGGGGUCCAGCAGGGGCACCCGCGUCAAGGAGGAGAAGGCCGACGACGACGAUGGCGGCGACGACUUCAGCCACUUUCUUUUACUUUAGAUUAGGUUAACGUAAUGUUUGGACGAAUUCCGCCGAAACUUGCCAUGGUUGGCCGAAAUAUAACUAGUUUUUAUCAUAACUUCGCCGAACGGUUUUUUUUAAAUACGCGCCUGGGGGCGGCCCUAGGGGCCGACGGCUGGGAACCGACUCGCCCCCAGGACCAUUUUUUGCGCCGGCUCACCCCCAGGCGGCGCUUUUAGACGCCCCCUGGGGGGCCAACGGCUG